AACAUUUGCACUGAUCCAACUAGUGUAUGUUUGAGCUUCAAAGCGAAUCACGAUGAUUAAGCUGUUCCUUAUUACGUUGCUUUGCGUGGCGAUGUUCGCCGAUUCCCAAGAAGACCAAAUGAAUGAAAUGGGAACAGGACUAAGGAAAGCAAGCGCUGAUAUGGCUGAAUAUGCUAGGAUGAAUCAAGGUAGUCCUUUAUUAAUGCAACAUGCAGAAAACCGCGGACGAGGAGGAAGACCAGGAGAAAAUGGAGGAGGAAAUGGAAGAGGAAAUGGAAGAGGAAGUGGAAAAGGGAAUAGAAGAGAAGGUGGAAGAGGAAAUAGCGAGCAACCAGAAGAAAAGUAGACUCUGAUCUCUUCUGGAUACAUUAUAUGAAAUACAGAUAAAGGUUCGACUAGAUUGGCUGAAGAUUAAUUUUCUCCCAGCACUUUAAGUAUCACGUAUUUUAAAUUAUUCACACAGCUAAAAAAAAUCCCGAUAAUUAUAGAAUAAUAAAGCUUAUCAUUG